GUUAGCACAACCAAAAUGGCGGACAGAACGCCUGGUGGUUCGCAGAAAGACAGCGCAAAGGUGAAUUUAUUAAAUCGAUAUUUACUUGAUGCAUUGGCUAUUAAAUGCUAUAAGAACUGUUUGUUGUAGUUAUAAACGUUGUGGUUAUGAACGUUGUACAGCUGUUGCCAUAUAUGUUCCCAUUUAUAAGGACAAACUACGAACAGACCACGUAGCUAACGCUAGCUAAAGGCCCGAAUCACCGGUAUUUUUCCUGUUCCAAACAUUGCACUGAUUUCGCAAUGUGUUUGCAUAGUUAGCUAAUCUAGCAGCUAGAUACUGGUAACUGCGAUGGCAAUUGUUUACAUAACUAACUAGUAUGUUUGAGUUGAUGUGUGAUUUUGGUUGUCGCAACGUGGAGUAUAAAUAGUCGCUACUAGCAAGCUACGGUUAGCAAACUCCACCCUGCACGAGUCCUUUGGCUUUGCCGCCUUGUGAAGUAGUGGUGAAAAACAGUCGGACCCACCGUAGGCUUACUGACUGCUAGCUAGGUAGCCAACUAUCUCACUGCUAACAGCUACUGGCAAACUAAUAUCCAAUUCAACAACACAUCAUUAAUUAGCAAUAGUUCACUAUAGGCUAGCUAACUCACUAUUGCAACAAGCUGUCGCCGCUACUCCAGUGUGUAUUAAUUAGUGAAAUUCCUUUGCAAAACCGUUGGUAUGUUGCAAAACGUUUUGAAAUGGAAACCGUUUACUCAAGAACCAAACGGAAGCAAACAAAGCAUACGAAACGGGCGGGACCUACCUGUAUUUGUCCAAUAGAAACGGUCGUUUUCGUUGCAAAACAUUUUCGGUUUGGAGUUUUGCAACGGAAUUCGACUAAUGAAUAUAGCCCAAUUACAUUAGCUAGCUAACUUGGCUGCAUUACAGCUUUGCCUGACGGGUCAGGUGGUCAAGUGUGCUAGUAAAACUAAUGCAUUUAUUAAUGAGAUCGCGCUAGCAACCUCAAGGGAAAUACACAAGUUAUCUUUUUUUUUUUUAAAUAUUGUAACUAACUAGCUACUGUGACAUGAGUGUAUUUAAGUUUUGUUUUGUUUACAUUUGUAGGCGCUGCUGGAGAGCAAGUUGAAGUCCUUCAGUAUUGGCAAAAUGGCCGUGAGUAAGAGGACCCUAAGCAAGAAGGAACAAGAGGAUAUCAAAAAGAAGGUAAGACUAAAUAUAAGCAUAUUUCAAGUUCCACUACAGUGGCAAAUGCACCUUACAUUUACAUUUUAGUCAUUUAGCAGACGCUCUUAUCCAGAGCGACUUACAGGAGCAAUUAGGGUUAAGUGCCUUGCUCAAGGGCACAUCGACAGAUUCUUCACCUAGUCGGCUCGGGGAUUAGAACCAGCGACCUUUCGGUUACUGGCACAACGCUCUUAACCACUAAGCUACCUGCCGCCCCACCACCUUGCCUUUGAUAUGAACGUCGUGCUCAUUAGGGCACGCAGUAACAAAAUGUUUUGCAAAGGAAAAUAAAAUUAGUUUUUUAUUCCUAUUUUAAUUUUUUUGUUGUCUAAUAAACAUGACCCUGAUGUUGUGUCAUGGGCUAUGAGAGAUGAUGAUGGUCUGGUCCUUGGCAGGAGGAUGAGCGGGCAGCUGCAGAGAUCUAUGAAGAGUUCCUGGCCGCGUUCGAGGGAGGGGAGGGCAAGGUCAAGGCCUUCGUCCGGGGGGGCAUUGCUAAUGCAACGAAAGGUACAUAGAACCAUCUCAACCUUCAUAAACUGCACAAUAUUAUCUGGGAUAUGUUUAGCUAAAUAUUACAUGUUUAGAUAUGUUGUGUAGUAGGGUUGGGCAGUCAAAUGACCAAUUUCCGUCCGUUGUCUCUGUGUAUGGAUAAAUACAGUUGUAAUCUAUUGUAUUGUACAUUCUAGUAAGAAACUACACUAACUUGUGUUUAUGUACUGUAUGUUUCUUCCUACAGAGGAGGCUGCUUCUGAUGACAAGAAGGGAAAGCUGUAUAAACCCAAGUCACGCUUCGAAACAGCAGCAGCACCGAAAAGCAACUUCCUGCCUUUGGAAACCCCUCCACAGUUUUUAACAUUAGAUAAAAGACAUGUAUGUAUCAUCGUAAUCAACAUUUAUUUUACUGUUGUUAAACUAACCAAAUAGCUAGUCCUUUUACCGGCCUCUACAAAAAUUAAUACUUGUUUUGUUGUUUAUCUUCCUUUCAGACACUUAAGAAAGCAAAUGAAAAGGAAAAGAAGAAGAGUAACCUAGAGCUCUUCAAGGAAGAACUUAAACAGUAAGCAAUUUCACAUCCCUCACCUUUUGCUCCAUGUACUCAACCUGGACUCAGGGGUAGACGUAACAUAGUAAAUAGAAAUCCGAGACACUCAGAAUAGUAUGAUAUCUUACAAAUUACAAAUGUAUGAUAUGUUACGAAUUGCAAAACGUAUGAUAUGUUACCAAUUCCAAUUUGUUGUGGCUAAUGUUAGUUAGGUGGCAACGUGGCUAAUGCUAACAUUUGUUGUGUUAGGGUUAAGGUUAGGGGAAGGGUUAGCUAACAUGCUAAGUAGUUGCAAAGUUGCUAAAGUUGCCGGUGAUGGUAUUCGAACACACAACCUUUGGGUUGCUAGACAUUCUCGUUAUACGCCCACCCAUCCACUUUUGCCUUAAGCAGCCUUCUGUCUUAUGUAACCAUACCAAACAUAACAUAUCAUACUCAUUUGAGUGUCCCGGAUUUACAUGUACUAUGUUACGUCUAGUCUGAGACCAGGCUGAUGUACUUAGCAUUGCACUGGAUUGCAUAAUCUAAUAUUCUCUGUCUCUCCCAGAAUACAGGAAGAGAGGGAUGAAAGACACAAGAUGAAAGGCAGAGUCAGUCGAUUCGAACCUCUCUCUGGGAUGGAGGGAAAACGCUCCUCAUGUAAGUGUCUGCCAGGGUUCGCACAAGGUGCUUGAGGCGCUUAAAGUACUUGAAUUUGGCACUCUGAAAUUCAAGUACUGGUAUACCUUGAAAAUCAGACAUUUUCUGAAGUUGGUACUUGAAUUAAAAUGAGUAGGGAACAUGAUCAAAUAUGUUUAUGAAAAAUGUAUUGGUCUUGCAAAUUAAUUUCCAGGCAGACUACCAAGUUUUAUUUCCUCACGUGUUUCGCGCUGUGGUUGCCAGGCGAGCUCGCUCAUUCUACCCACACUCCCACUCAGCCAGGCAGGUACAGAACUGACUGAUUAAGUGCGAAUGGACACAUUUUGGGAUCUUUUAUUUCAGCUCAUGAAACAUGGGACCAACAGUUUACAUGUUACAUUUUAUAUUAUUGUUCAGUAUAGUUUACUCACUUUUUUUUACCACUACAUCGCUGGACCCAACCAACCCAUACUGUGUAAGGUGCAAAAAAUGCGACUUUCACAUUGCGAGCAUGGGUGAAUCAGCCCUGAAGAGACCCAUGAAGGGGGAAAGACACAACGCUGCAUCCUGCGCUGGCGCCAGUUCUACAUUGUCACUUUUCUUCUACAACAACCUCCAGAGCUUUUUGCCAAUCGCCUCAUUCACGGGCGCCUGCAAUAUUCUGCUUUAUCAAGCGGCAGCCGUGCUCCUGCCAUUCUGGUUGCAGUUCACGUGCCGUUUUCCUCACACAGCCCACCCGCCCUUCUCCCGACCGUCGACACUAAAGCUGCCAGUCAGAAGCAAGACACUUUUUCGUAGCUAUUAAGUAGUCUAUUCCCAAAUGCCCAAUAAAAACAGUAAUUAAGCUGGAGUUGUAUAGUAAUGCGAAUAGGAAAUGUGUGUUCACCAGUAGGCAUGUCUCAACUUUGCUCAUCACUACUCAAAUUACAAAAUCAUCAUUACUGACUUACGACUCAUUUAUGUAGUAAAUAAGUAGCGAAACAACUUAUUAUUGAGUAGAACUUGUAAGGUACUGAUGAAUACUACGUUUUUUUUUUUUUUUCUCAUGAGGUUGUGAUGAUAUACUGCCACCUGGUGGCAACUAGAAACAAUGGCAUAAGAACUAUUACAAAUUGAUGGUCCUUCAAAAUAAAUAAUAUUGAAAAAGUCCUUGAAAGUCCUUGAAUCUGACUUGCCACUGUCUGUAGGAACCCAGGUCUGCUCUAUAACUACUGACAGGGCAAGGCUAGCCUGGAAUCCAAACUCAUUUGCUCUGUUUCAAUGGUCAAACAGAGCAUAUCAGUUAAGAUUUCAGGCCAGGAAACCGUUAAGACCAACUAAAAUACAUGAAGACCCGUUGGCUCUUGGACAUGCCUCCUUCCUACAGCUCUCAUACUGACUGCUUCAAACCUCUACCCACUCCAUUUCCUUUGCCUGGAAACAACAUUUAUAUACUGCUUUUCUGCUUUUUUUAGUGGAUGGUUCUUCAAGAAGAAACCGUCCGUCCAGUGGUAAUUUGAUAAAUUUAUACAGUGGCUUGCUUUUAAUAUCUAACAUCUCACUAAGAUUAUAUAUUCUAUAAAAGGCUUCUCCACUCUGCUCUCUCUGCAGUUCUGGAUGACGCUGCACCUGGUUCCCAUGACGUCGGAGACCCCUCUACAACUAACUUAUAUCUCGGAAACAUCAACCCACAGGUAAACCUUUUUAUGGUUCAUAAAUGGCUCAUUAAUGUUUUAUAUGCUUAUUUAUGCAAUAUGUUACAUGCCUAAUUGCCUAUAUUAGUAACUGAAAUCCUACUAAUAUAUUGCAUUACAAUGUAAAAUGACACCAAUAACAACAAGUCCACAUGCCCCUCUCCCUCGGCCUCUGUUGUUGCUGUGUAGAUGAACGAGGAGAUGCUGUGUCAGGAGUUUGGGCGCUAUGGUCCUCUGGCCAGCGUGAAGAUCAUGUGGCCGCGGACAGACGAGGAGAGGGCCAGGGAGAGGAACUGUGGCUUUGUGGCCUUCAUGAACCGGAGGGAUGCGGAGAGAGCUCUGAAGAACCUCAACGGUAUUAAAGCCUUAGUUAUCAUCACACCACUGACCCAGCACAAUGCAACUUUACUCACAUUGCAUCAAAUAACGUUUUAAUGUCAAAAGAUUUGAGUGUUUUUUGUCUAGCUGUUCUGCUGCCUGGUCUUUCCUUUUGCUCUGUCUGUGGGACAUGGGACUUGUAGAGUUCACCAGCAGGUAUCACAUGUAUAUGUAAUGAAAGGGACUGCUUAUUCAUCAGCAAUGUAUUUAGCAACACAAACUGGUUAUAAUGGUUAUAGACGGCCAAACAGGACGUCAAUGUUUUAUUUUAUUUGCAACAUCAACAUGACGUAUUGGCAUUCUUAGUGUAUUCAAAAUAGCAACUGAUACAGUAUAAUUGGUAGUACGUUUUUUAAAGAGUGUUUCUUCACUGUUUCCAGCGAAGAUGAUCAUGAACUUUGAGAUGAAGCUGGGCUGGGGUAAAGGCGUGCCCAUCCCACCUCACCCCAUCUACAUCCCCCCAUCUAUGGUGGAGCACACCCUCCCCCCGCCCCCCUCCGGCCUGCCCUUCAACGCACAGCCCUGCGAGAGGCUGAAGAACCCCAAUGCCGCCCUGCUCCCUCCGCCCAAGAACAAGGAGGAAUUCGACAAGGUAACUCACCAUGUCAUGUUUGGGAUGUUGCUGUAUUAGGCCUGUCAGUUGUACCAGUCUUUUAAUGUGUAUUUGUUAGGCAUAGUCCUAGUUAGGCUAUUGGUCAUGUAGUGAAGAUUUUGCUAAUAUCUUCUGCUAGUCAUGGGUUUAUUCCUUUAAAAAAUUUCUACAUUUUAUUGACCAAACUAGGCUAGAUUUAUCAUUUUGAGAGGUGUGUUUAGUGUAUAUAAAGAAAUAAAGAAUCAAUGGUAAGUUGUGUGGGAAUUUAAGAACUGUAUACAUUUGACCUUUAGUAAAACUGACAGCAGUAGAGGAAAGUAGUUUUUCAUAUGAUGCAGUUUUUAAUGCAUUUAAUAUUUUUCACCUGUUGCCUUUUAACAAUACUCACAUAUUCUAUGUUUAUUAUCUGAUGUGACUUCAUAUACAGACUCUGUCGCAAGCCAUAGUCAAAGUGGUUAUCCCAACAGAAAGGUACAUGUUUUUCUUUUUUAAAUUGGUGUAAAACGUAGAAAAACAUCCCAUAAUAAAUAAACCCAAAUUUCAAGUUUGAUCAAUUGAAUCACUGCAUGCUACGGGGGGUCGUUCAGUAUGGGUGAGCAAUGGUUGAGACUAGCAGACGUAGGCUUAUAACCCCAUCAGGUUCAUGUUAGUAGACUACAAGAUACUCACUCCCACAGCCCAGCUUUCUGCCACCACACAGUGUCCAUAUGUUCUUCCUUUCACACAUUCAUCCAACACUCCCGCCAAACAGCAAUACAGUCCAUGGACCACCAUGCCAUUACUUGUCUGACGGUAUAGAGGUCAUCAAAGGAAUUUUUACCACCAUAUCACCACUUGUCAGUAGUCACAUGUAGGCUAAUUAUAUCCAUGUUAUGAUGCUAGCUACAUAAUACUGUCACAUGCCAUACAUACCAUGCUGGCUGUGGUUAGGUUGUUUAGACUGAGUGACAGGUCUUGCCCUCUGACUAUUGCUCACUCCCACCGACACGCCCCCUUGGCCUCUGUCACCCAGUCACGGGCUCAGCAACACCUGGCCCCAGUUCUCCAAUCCAAACCUCCCAUUAGUCUCAGUGACCUUUGACAUUGGCCUUGGUGAGCAGCACAAGUUGAACUGUCUGCGGCAGCGAGGGACCUGAAAGCAUCAUGGGAUGGAUUGGGAAAGUAUACAGCAUUUUACCCACCAUGCAUUGGUACGAUCGGCUCCAAUACUAUAUGGUAAAUGUGAUUUGCGUUGUCUACAAAUAAAUGAAAGACAUCCUUUGUUGUUUUGUUGGCCACUUUAGGCUAAUUUGUCCAACAUGCUCCAUUAUUAGGUCGCUCUUAAAAUGUCCUAAGGAUCUUAGGCCUAAUUCACCUCAUUUGCACAUUUUGUAUUUAUUCAUACAUCAUUAUGUAGUAAGAUCAUAUGACCAGUAGAGGGCCUUUUGUUAUUUAGCCUGUUUAGGCCAACAAUCCUAUACUGCUUUGGUUCUUCAUGCGAGUCAGUCAAGAAGAGUUGUUAGGCUGGCUUUGACAGGCUCUGUAUGGGCUGAUGGGUCACUCAAUACAGAGUCACUCAAACCUCUCUCAAACAUUAUUUAUCUUAUCCAGCUUCACUGUCCUCCCUUCCUUAUAGUCUUUACUGUGGGGAGAUGGUAGUUAGCGUUGCCUAUUAUCUUGACUUAGAAAGAUCCAUGCACAAUUUUAUAACUAGUGGAAGUACUAACUAAUGUUAGUUUUAGGCAGCUAAUGGCUCUUAAAAUUGCUGUUAGGUGCUCUUAGCAUUUCUGAAAUUAUAAGGUCUGAAACAUUUAGGAAUAUGUUUCUUCCAUCAUUCGUACAAAUUAAACAUUUUAACACAUUCGAUUAGUUAAGCUAAUCAAACACAAUGUAAGAAAUAGUUCAAGUUUAAUUAAGUCUAGUACAUGCAUAGUUCCAUGUCUUACACCUUCAUGUGUUACUUACACUGUAUGUAGGCCCAGAGGCUGUACUAGGUCAGGGCAGCAGACAGACAUGCUUUGCCUUGGGGUGAAGAAGGGUCACCUGCUCUGAAUCCGUUUGUUUUAACUGUGUUUUUCUUCUAGGAAUUUGCUCUCUCUCAUCCACCGAAUGAUCGAGUUUGUGGUGCGUGAGGGCCCCAUGUUCGAAGCCAUGAUCAUGAAUCGAGAGCUCAGCAACCCCAUGUACAGGUACGUGUCUGUCUGUCGGUGCACGUGUUUGUGUGAUCACUUUUUCAGUUGGUAAUGUAAUGUAUUGUAGUACAACAGGUUGACUGUCAUUAUGUUGCCUCUGUUGGUCAGGUUUCUGUUUGAGAACCAGAGCCCAGCACACGUGUACUACCGCUGGAAACUCUACUCCAUCCUACAGGUCAGUAUGGACCAGUCAUUGUCAGGCAUCUUCUGCUGCAUCAUAUUCUUAGACCAAUUGCAUCCUCCCUUUUUUUCCUUCUUCUUUACCACCUCUGUUAUCUGUCCUCUCUCAUGACUGGUUAGGUUGAACGCAGUAUAGGUCAAACAUGUCUGUCCUCUUUAAAGGAGGAAGAAGGGGGGGCUGUUGACAUGCUACUAUUUGAUAGCCUGAACACAUAACACUGUCCGUGUUAGAGAAUAAGAAAGUUGUCUAAUCUAAUGUGAAUGAUGUCCAAACCUGUCCCCACAGGGAGAAGCACCAACAAAAUGGCGGACGGAAGAAUUCUGCAUGUUCAAGAACGGCUCGAUGUGGCGCCCUCCUCCCCUCAACCCCUACCUGCACGGCAACUUUGAGGAGGGGGAGGGGCCUGAGGAGGAAGAGGAGGAGCCUGGGAAGAAAGGCUGCUUAAAAGAAGAGUAGGUUACCUGUUUAUAAUUUCAUUACCAUACCGGUAUUAUCUUAUGGUACUGUCACUCAAACGCUCAAGACCCUGCGAUAGACUAGCAUCCUGUCCAGAGGGUUGUAUUUGUACAUAGAGCUGCCUCACGCUACAGAAACAGAUGGGCUCCUGUUGGGCCAGUCUGGCUCGGACAAGGCUACUAACUUUUACUUUUAACAUUAUCUAUGCUGAACUCCUCUUCUUUCUUAUCCCUCCCUCCCUCCAGAGAGCGUGAUCAGCUGGAGGAGAUGUUGAGGGCUCUGACUCCUAGGAAGGGGGACAUAGCCGAAGCCAUGCUGUUCUGUCUGAUGCAUGCCGAGGCUGCUGAGGAGAUCGUAGAGUGCGUCACAGAGUCCCUCUCCAUCCUGAAGACACCACUCCCCAAGAAGGUAAACUAAAUGAAAACAAGUGCCAUACUAUGUUAUAUCGGGAACUUUCUUCUUCGAUUUUGUAUUGCAUGUAUAUAGUGUAGAUUUUGUGUGUUUUGUAUGCUGACCUCACAAAAUGAAUUUCCAUGUAAAUGGACAAGAACAUUUAUUUACUCAGUCACAACCUUAACAAAAACUGCUACUUAUGUUUUGCCGUCCCUCGAGUUUGUUGCUUUUGUAGCUACAGUUUUGCCUUGUUAUUUGGUUUGGAAAGAGGUUUGAGUGGCACGUGUAAAAUAAAUGAGUGUUAUAAUUAUUCCGUUCUGUUAGGGAGGACUGGCCAGUUUGUCUAAAUGUCUUAUAAUAAUUCCUUCCUUGUUUUUCAGAUUGCACGGUUAUAUCUUGUCUCUGAUGUGCUGUACAACUCAUCUGCUAAAGUAGCCAACGCAUCUUACUACAGAAAAUAGUAAGUAGUUGAGUUUGGGUUCAGGGGUUGUGAUGGUUGCUUGUGACUGACUGACUGGGUGAUGAGGACCCUGCUUGUUUAUGGAUUGCGUAACUUUGCAGUAUACAUUAUUGGCAUUAUUAAAGAUGUUUUCCUGCGUAAGUUAAUGUUAAACUUGUCCCUGACACAGCUUUGAGACCAAGCUCUGCCAGGUCUUCUCUGACCUCAAUGCAACGUACAAGACGAUACAGGGUCACCUCCAGUCUGAGAACUUUAAGGUAUGUUCCAUUGUAUAUAUUUUCAGAUCAAAAUUUGAAUCAUGUUACCUACACCUAUCUUUAAGAACUGCACAAUUCUUUCAGGGCCCCUAUCCACAAAGCAUCUCAGUCCUGAUCUAGGAUCUGUCCAUACAAUCGUAGUCAUUAUGGUCUAAAAGGAAAAACUGAUUCUAAAUCAGCACGCCUACUCUGAGAUGCUUUGUGCCUAGGGUUUAGGUGCUAGGAAUUGCUUCUGGACAGGUUAUUACCGUUUCACCUAUAUAAUGUUGUAUAUCCUCUUGGCCAACAGCAACGAGUGAUGUCGUGUUUCCGUGCGUGGGAGGACUGGGCCGUGUACCCAGAUCCCUUCCUCAUCAAGCUGCAGAACAUCUUCCUGGGUCUAGUCAACCUGGCAGCUGAUAAGGAGACUCCCACUCCCAUCACAGUAGAGGUCAGCUAGCAUACUCUUCUUUUCUGUUCUUUCUCCUGAUGCUGCUACCUAAUGCUUUCUAACCUUGUUGUUAGACGAGUUGAAAUUGUGUGAUGGUUUGUAAAUGGUGUGUGAUGGUUGGAGAAUGUUUUCAUCAUUUGAAAAUGUGUGGUGGAUUGAAAAUGUUGUCUGAAGGUGUGAGAAUGUUAUGAUUUGAUCAUGUUGACAAAGUGUAACGUUGCCCACGCAGCACUACUGCGCUAAUAACUGUUAGAAGCUUAUUUUGUAAAUAUAUUCGUAAACCACUCCACUUCUCCUUCCAACAGAAACCAUCAGUUGAACACCCUGGUCUACUGGCCCAGCCUGAGCCAGCGGAGGACAUUGACGGGGCCCCCAUCGGGGAGGAUAUGGACGGGGCCUCUCUGGAGGACGUGGAUGGGGUCCCUAUAGGGCUGGAUGGAGGGACCAUGGUGGACGGAGCCCCCCUAGGCGGAGCCCCCCUUGACGGAGCCCCGCUGGGGAUGGAUGAUCUGGAUGGAGUGCCCAUCAAGGCCCUGGAGGAGGACAUAGACGGAGUGCCCUGUGAGUGGCGUUAUGACCUCUAUACUACCACAUCCACAUAGGGAUUAUUAAGGGAUACUUCUUUCCCCAAAGAACACAAUUACAUAUUUGUUUCCUUACCUUGUCAGCAGUCUAUGAACUAACCCUGACCUCGGGACUGGAGGCCAUUUUUCUAACCUUGUUCUCCUUGUCUUUUAGUGGAUCAUGCUGCGGCCAAAGCAGCAUCCUUUAAAGUAGCACCUUCAAAAUGGGAAGCAGUGGACGAGUCUGAGCUAGAAGCACAGGGUGAGUGAGACCACAACUACAGGCUACUUUCUACCAAGCUAUGAUUCCACUUCAAAGUGUCCUAAUCAUGUUUCUAUGGCAACUUUCUACCAAGCUAUGAUUCCACUUCAAAGUGUCCUAAUCAUGUUUCUAUGGCAACUUUCUACCAAGCUAUGAUUCCACUUCAAAGUGUCCUAAUCAUGUUUCUAUGGCUAGUUUCUACCAAGCUAUGAUUCUGUCCUACUUCUCUAUCUGUCUCCUCCUCAGCCGUGACCACCUCUAAAUGGGAGAUCUUUGAGCAGCCAGAGGAGAAGAAGGACGAGGGUGACAGUGAUGAUGAGGAUACCAAGAGUUCCCGGUCAGAAGAGCCUCAGAGUUACCCCAACCCCAUCAGAGACGACUUAGACUCCAAGACCAAGCACUCUGAGAUGAAUGAAGACAGACGCACCAAGCUCCGGGAGAUAGAGGUAAACUAGUCAGCAUUUUACUGGAAUCACAGAGUACACAACAGGUUAUUUAGAUAGCUGAAAAUAAACAACCACAGCUCUGAGUUGUUUGUAUAUUUGUAUUUUUAAUUUCUUUGGGCUAAAUUGAUUCAAAGAAGUUUGGUUUCCUUCACUUGUUCAAUGGCCACACCCUGAAAGUUGACCCUGUUGUAUUUAUAUCUAAAUGUUAACAUAUUUGUUUUAUUAUAUUGUUUGUUAUUUUCUUCCAGGUCAAAGUGAUGAAGUUCCAGGAUGAGUUGGAGUCUGGGAAAAGGCCCAAGAAGCCUGGCCAGACUCUACAAGAGCAUGUGGAACACUACAGAGACAAACUGUUACAGAAGGUAUUACGUACUUACUAACCUCAUCCUCUUGGUUCCUGUUCUAUUGUUUCCCAAUGUUAUGGGGACCCUCUAUUAGAUUCAUUAAGGUCAUUGCUAUUGACCUUUUAUAUCCAGCUAUUACAGACGGUAUGUGGCACCAUGCCAUCUGUUAUCUGAUGAAGUACUGUCAUUGCUGUUUACCUCUAUCUGAAGUAUCCUCUUGAAAAUGUUUCUAAGCUACGAACUUCAGUUUAUAUCAAGGUAUUUGAUAUCCCUGGACUCCCUGGAAAACAGUGGCAGUUGUUAAUGCGUGGACUAUUCUAGCGAAAUAAUUAAAAAGGAAGUGAAUUUGGAUAAUGUUGGUUUACAUUCAAUAAUAUAAAGUUGACACCUUGUCUCUUUGUUUUGCAGGAAAAAGAAAAGGAGAAAGUGGAAGGAGAGAAAGAGAGGGAGAAAAAGGACAAGGAGAAAAGCGAAGCUCGCUCUAAAGACAUCAAGAAGGAGAAGGAGGAGUCUACUCCGACCAGGAAAGACAGGUUAGUCCCUCGUACAUUGUGAUGCAUUCAUUAGAGACAUGAUGACAUUAGUGGCUGUAUGUGGUUGGAUAGCAGGGGGAAACUAUGUGGUAGAGCUGUGUAAUGGGUUCCUAUUAUAAUCAGAAUAGAUCCUAGGAAAUGACUUAAACAAAGGACCCAACUCAUGAUCAGGGUUAAAGUUCAUUCAAAUGCACCCUUGAAAUACAGGGGCAGUUUAGGGUUCCUUGAAAAAUAGAUUCAUAUAUCAAUGGGAUUCACCUAAUAAAAACUAACUUAUACCAAGUCGGUGUAUGAUCAGUGCUGACUAAAGAAUCUUUCAUCCGCCGAUGUCGUCGUCUCUGACAGGCGUGGCAUGUCUCCUGUGGUUGCUAGGAAACGGCGCCACAGUGGCUCGCCCUGCAGCCCCCCACGGAGCAGCAGUAGACGGGUGCGCUCCCCAUCCCCCCGCUCGGAGAGGUCAGAACGCUCCGAGCGCCUCUACUCCAAGGACGUAGUGUCAUCACGAUCCCGCUCCUCCCACAAAGACUCCCCUCGAACCACCAUCACCAAGAAGUCCUCCAAAAGGUACUAAAUAAUCUAAUGUCUUUAAAACAUUCUUCUAAAAGUACCACGUUUAUCUUUAUUGUACUUAUCCUGGUCUUUCUGGCUCUACUGUUUUGAGAAUAGUGUUGAUCUUCUCUUGACAUUGGAGAGGAAAAUAAACUGUUAAUUGUAUUUGUAUUUGAUUGACAUAGUCUUUGAGGUGGGCUAACUUCCAGUAACUUCCCCAAGACCAUUGCAGCUUGGUUCUCCUGGUGGCCCUCUGACUGGACAGUCUGUUUGUUCUCUCCCCCAGGUCUCCCUCGUUACCCCGCACGCCCAAACGUUCCCGGAGGACACGCUCCAGAACACCCAAGAAAUCUGCAAAGAAAUCACGUUCAAAAUCACGGUCCCCACACCGGUCCCACAAGAAAUCAAAGAAGAGUAAACACUGACGAAUCACCCACCCCUCGUUCUCCCCUCUCCAUCCCUCUGCUGUGAUGUAUAAAUAAAAUAAAGAACUGGAGUGGCAGCUCAGCUCCCUGCCUGAAUGUUCCUGUGAAGAAGAGGAUGAUUAACAGGAGAAAUGGUCAUGCACAGGUUGAGAUUCAAUGGAUCGAGCAAUGUUGCCAUGUAGGGUCUAAAUGGAUCCAGCCGGGUUGCCAUGUUGGGUCUAAAUGGAUCAAGCCGAUGCUGUUUUAUAUUGUAAAAAAAUUAAAUAAGAUAAUGAUCUGGAUGUGUGUCCUGCCCACUCCCCCCACCGCCCAAUGGGGUUCAUCCUCGUGGUAGACCACACCUCCUGUACCAAGUGUGAAGAUGACUAGUCUUAUUACCAUGCUGUAGUUUUCUUUUUUGUAGUUCACAAUUAAUUAAAAGGAUUCAUAAUAAUAUAAUAUCUUGUUAAACUUUUUGCAUUGUAAAUCGAAAAUGAAAGCUGAGGACAAGCACUGGAAGUUCUCCCCCUGCUGUUUCAGUCCAUUUUCCUCCAUUUGGUGCCUAAUGAACGCAGCCCAGAUUUGUUGAGCAUUGGUAUUUAUUUAAAACACAUGGCUGUAAUGGUAGUGAGAGUCCUACGUUUUCACAGUUGUCAAGCUGUGGUGGAGACUGAGGGAAACGAGAGAACAUUUGGGGCUCUGAACUGUACAUGACAAUACUGAAAAUAUAGAACCCCAACUGCUUCAAAUGUGUCAGGGUGAGAUCAUCCUUUGUAGAAAUAAAAGUAUAAUAUGAUGUGUGUUGUAACUUAGACUACACAAAUCUUUAAAGCAAUAACAACCAUUUGAACAUUUGAAAUUAUGAUCACAGUGCAUUGAGUUCACUCCCUGCUGGGUGUAGAGACCCUAGACCUGUCAGUGGUUAGACUAUGGUGGACAUAUGGACACUCAAUCACGUUGAACUCUGAGGGGUUAGAUGUCUUGAUAAGUUGCCAUGGCCAACAAGUAAAUUGUAUAAAUAUUAUCUACCCUGCUUAAACUUGAGCAAACAGGGAUAUUUGAGUAUUGCUACAGUCACUAAAACAUCUACUUUAUAUUAUACUACAUAUCCACUAGAUGGCGG